UCCAAAGCACCAACACCAACUCAUCAUUUCACAAACACAUACACAUUAAAACAGGCACUCAUUCCUUCCACAUAUCCACAUUGUCCAAGAACUAUGAAACAAAACAGGCACUUCAUCCCUUCCACAUAUCCACAUUGUCCCAGAACUCUGAAAAUGGCAAACAUGUUAGUCUUGGAGGUGUUGAUGUUUGCUAGUGUAGGAAUGGUCUUUUCUCAAGCUCCAUCAAUGGCUCCUCCUCCUCCUGAUUGCAGCUCUGCAUUAACAAACCUUGUAGAAUGCCUUUCUUUUGUUGAAUAUGGUAGCAAGUUGGAAAAGCCACAAGGUCACUGUUGUGCAGCGCUGAAGAAGGUGGUCAAAGAUGAUGUCUCUUGUUUGUGUGAGGCUUUCAAGCAGAGUCCUAGUAAUGGUGUCAAACUCAACAUGACUAAAGCCUUUGGUUUACCUCAUGCUUGUGGGAUUUCCACCCCUUCUCUUUCUAAUUGCAAAAUUGAUGUUGCAGGCUCCCCUGGUUCCGCACCAGCUCCAUCACCUUCAUCACCAGGAGCAAGUUCCGCAAAUUCCCCUGCUUCAGCCCCAGGAACACACUCUAUGGCUCCUUUUCAGGCUCCAUCAAUAUUCCUAUUUAUUAUUUAUGUUGUUGUUCCUCUCUUCUCUAUCAUUGCGUGAUACCUUUUUAUUGUGUUCAUUGUCUUGAGACUUUUGAUUGUCUUCAUGCCUGUUCCUCUUUUAUUAUUAUAAAACGUUUUUUUUUUCCUUCUUUC